AUGUGCGAGGUCGCGACCCUGACCGACAGCAGCAACCAUCAGCACCAGCAAGGAGCAGCAGUACUCGUCGGCAUCAUGGGGCAGACAUCGUCCUCCGGGACGGCGGCCAGCAAUCACAACAACAACAACCACCUGCAGCAAGGGGACGGCGGUGGCCGUGCCCGAAAGAAGCUGUACCAUCGGCACAGCUCCGUUCAGCCAUCGCUCGCCAGCAUUCGGUUGUUGAAGAAGGAAACCUCACUCACGGUGGGCAGAAGCGAAUCGAAGCGCGAUCCGGUGUUGUUGCAGAAAGCUCGCACUGAGAGCCGAAAUAUGGAGCAUUAUGGGUUGGUGUUGGCAAAUGGUGGAGGUGUUGGUGUUACGAAUGGAGGCGCCAACGUGGCAGCAACACCGGCGAGCAACGAGUUAGCGGCGGCAGUCCUGCUUUCGUCGGGAAGUGCCGCUGAUGUGGACCGAUCGGUACCAUCGGUUGCGAGUGCGAAUGGUGCGAGUAGCCGGGAGUUUUUUAAAUCCGGAGAUGAUACGUAUCACCGGACGGAUUGUUGUUAUUACCGUACGAUGGAUAAUGGCUAUCAUAAGCUGCCUUCGGAUUCGUACCAUAAAACAACCGAGGGUUGCUACGUCAAAAUGGCCGACGGAAGCUUCCGGCGGCUCGAUUACACGCCUGUCAGUACGAGUGAUGCGGAAGAGGACGGUACCGGGACGAUAGCACCAGUUCCACCAGCAGCAGCCCCCGUUCAGUACCGAGUGCGUAAUCCAAUGAUGAAGUUUCUUCGACGCUCAAAAUCGCACACACCCGCCACGAUCGCGCAGUUGCAGCGCGAAAAGGAGCAACAGAAAGGCGUAGGGACAGGUCCACAACACCACCGGCUUAGCACGAUCCAGUCAACGGAACCAGGUGAUGUGGGACGGCAACAGGCGGCAGUUGCUGCUGCGGCACUUCUGCAACACGCCACCCACCAACAUCACCACCAAAAGUCGGUACCUUCGUCUGGUCCGCUGCUGGUGCCGGCUUCAUCACAGCAACAACCCACCGCUCAGCAACAGCAGCAGCAUUCCCAUUCCCAUCAUCAUCAUUCGCAUCAUCACCACAACCACGCGCAUCCACCGUCGGCGUCCUCGAUCGUAGAGCAAACGGGUGCGACGAAUAAGCAGCCGGUUGUAACCGCUGGUUCGGUUCCGAAUCAUCAGAAUCGGCGCGUUAUGGUGACGAUGAUCGACGGUGGGCUGCCGGUUGUUGCCAAGAGCAAGCCCAUCCACGACAAACCGAAGAGUGCCAAAAGCCGCGUCCAGGAGGUGAAAAGGGACAAGGGCUCACCGAAUAUGCAAAUGCGUGGAACACCUGCCCGAUGGCGAACGGGUGAGGAGCACAUCGGCAAGUACAAGCUGCUGAAGACGAUCGGCAAGGGUAACUUCGCGAAGGUGAAGCUGGCGAAGCACGUCCCCACGAACAAGGAGGUCGCCAUCAAGAUCAUCGAUAAGACCCAGCUGAAUCCUUCCUCACUGCAGAAGCUCUACCGAGAGGUGCGGAUAAUGAAAAUGCUCGAUCACCCGAACAUCGUGAAGCUGUUUCAGGUGAUCGAAACGGAAAAGACGCUCUACUUGGUGAUGGAGUACGCGUCCGGUGGCGAGGUGUUCGACUAUCUGGUCGCCCACGGCAAGAUGAAGGAGAAGGAAGCCCGCGCCAAGUUCCGACAGAUCGUGUCCGCCGUACAGUACUGCCAUCAGAAGCGAAUUAUACACAGAGAUUUGAAGGCGGAGAACCUGCUGCUCGACAGCGAGAUGAACAUCAAGAUAGCGGACUUUGGGUUCUCGAACGAGUUCACGCCCGGUUCGAAGUUGGACACGUUCUGCGGUUCGCCACCGUACGCCGCCCCCGAGCUGUUCCAGGGCCGCAAGUAUGACGGUCCGGAGGUGGACGUGUGGUCGCUAGGCGUUAUCCUGUACACACUCGUCAGCGGUUCACUGCCAUUCGACGGCGCCACCCUGAAGGAACUGCGCGAGCGUGUCCUGCGGGGCAAGUACCGCAUUCCCUUCUACAUGUCGACCGACUGCGAGGUGCUGCUGAAGAAGUUCCUCGUCCUUAACCCAACGAAGCGCGCCAACCUCGAAACGAUCAUGAAGGACAGGUGGAUGAACAUGGGAUACGAGGACGAUGAGCUGAAGCCGUUCGUCGAACCGUUGCCCGAUCUUAAAGAUCAGAAACGGAUAGGUAAGACGGAAGCAUUAGUCGCGAUGGGCUACAAUAGGCAAGAUAUUGAAGAUUCAUUGGCAAACACCAUGUACGAUGACGUAUUCGCCACUUAUCUACUGCUCGGAAGAAAAAGCACCGACUCCGAGUCGGACGGCUCCCGGUCCGGAUCGUCCCUGUCGUUACGUAACAUUGCCGGCAACGAGGGUGCCGCAGCCGGUAAUUCCCAGGUGCAAAGCCCGACGCAUCGCGGUGUCCACCGGAGCAUAUCUGCGUCCAGCACCAAGCCAAGCCGGCGGGCCUCCAGCGGUGGAGAAACGCUGCAAAUCUUCCAACGCUUCAUUACAGGCGUUGGUCCAACGACGGCUGUGGCCGCGGCCGCUGCUGCCGCCGCCGUCGGCGCUGGUGGUGGAGGCGUUGGCGGCGGUGGUGGUGGUGGCGGUGUCGUCGGCAACAUUACUUCGACGGGUGGUGCAGGCGCGGCGAUUGGUGGCGGUACCGGCGGUGGCGGUACAACCGGUGUCACCGGAAACAGUGUACUCGGUGGAGCCAACAGCAACCACAGCUCGGGCACUGGCGGUGGCGGCGGUGCAUCUGAAAGAACAUCGAUAAGCAGUAAUUUCAAGCGUCAAAACACAAUCGACUCGGCGACGAUCAAGGAAAACACGGCUCGGUUGGCCGCGCAGAAUCAACGACCGGCAUCGAGCAUAACUAAACCGAUUACCUCGGUAGACAACUCGUCGAUCUCCAGCCCGGCAAAAGCGCGUACUACCAGCAGCAGUACGAGUACCAAGUAUGACCCGAGCAAUGGCGCCCGGACGGUAGGCCCCAGUGCCGGCCUAAUGCCCAGACGGUCAACGACGCUGUACGAGAAAACAUCGUCCACAGAAAAGACAAACUCCACCGCGGAUCCAACUAGCAACAGUUUCGUCGCACCAAUACCCGAAUUCAACCGUGGCAACUCAACAUCGGCAGCUACUAGUGGUGUUGCUGGCGGUGGUAGUGGUGGUGGAGGAAGUGGUGGUGGGGUUGCAGGCAGUGGCAAUGGUAACACCACGGGCACGGGAGCCACGGCCGGAAGUACGACCGGGUCCACCGGUACGGCCAUCGGUAGUACUGGUGGCACUGUCGCCGGCGGUGGCGGUGCCGGAGGUGGUGGCAACGGUGGUAGCGUAGGAACAGGCGGCGGUGGCGGUGGCGGCGGCACCGGUAAGGGACAUGUCAAGAGCGCAUCUGUCUCCAGUCCCGGGCCGUCUGCCGACAGUACUACCAAUAGUGCCGCCACGAACGAUCCCCUCAGACAAAGCAUGGUGAAUCGCAAUAGUCUUACACCAGCCGUUAAUUCUUCCAGACAACCGGUUGCAUUUCCCAGGAAUGUUCCAUCGCGAUCGACUUUCCAUUCGGGGCAAACCAGAUCCCGAAACAGCACAGUGUAUGCCGGAACCGGUGGGAACGUCGGGGAUUCGCCACACUCUGGCAAGACUUUCUUGCAAAGACUUACAACCAGAUUUAGCAAACGGGACAAUUUGCGGCUGCCAACCGAAAGGCCCAACGAUGGCCAAGCAAAUACUUCAACAAGUACGGUUAGUACGAAUACGGAGGAACCGGUAAAGCCGCGCGUGCUACGCUUCACGUGGUCGAUGAAGACAACCUCCCCCCGGCUGCCGGACGAGAUAAUGGCCGAGAUUCGGUCCGUGCUGGACAAGAACAAUUGUGAUUAUGAGCAGCGGGAACGAUUCGUGCUGCUGUGCGUAUACGGUGACCCGAACACCGACUCGCUGGUGCAGUGGGAAAUCGAGGUCUGCAAGCUUCCCCGGCUAUCACUCAAUGGCGUGCGGUUUAAGAGAAUAUCAGGCACGAGCAUUGGCUUCAAGAACAUUGCGUCGAAGAUCGCGUAUGAUCUACGUCUGUGACUCGAUACAAAAUCGGAAGAGUAUCACUCGGUCGGGAGCGAUACGACCCAGGACGAUGAUGAUGGUGACGGGCAUGACGAUGAUGGUGGCAGUGCAGGUAAUCAUAGUAGGACAACGGCCGGUGGUGUGGCACAAUCGGAUUCAGGAUCGGAACAUAGGCGGAAAGACACGGGCGCAGACGAGGGUACGGGUAAAAGUGGCAGCGAGUCGGAAGGAAAAGGCGGCGGUGGCACCAAGGGCAAUGCCGAUAGCGAUGUCAUCGUACAGGCAAAGAUGCGAACAAAAUCCUCCGAGGGUGACGCCCGUGGAGGAGGAGGUAGUGGUGGCAACGGUGGCAAACGUUGGUCGCUGGUCGUCGUAGACGGUCGUUCCUCGUUGCGUCGAAAGGAUAAGGAGAAGGCCAGCCAUCAUCAGCAGCAACGUCAACAUCAUCAUCAGAAAGGCGCCAAACAGCAGAAGGAUGAAGGUGGUGUGCGCGGUACUACCGAGCGGACAGACGCUGCUGAUGGGGGUGAUGUUGGCGAGUGCCAACCUGCCGCCAGUAACAGCAUCUUUGCGUCCCUGUUGCGAACCACCACGCUAUGAGCGUUUGAGCGCGCACGUAAUGACGAACAAGCAAAACCAAGCAACCAACCAACUCCCCAAUAUUGACUGUUAGUUAAAUCAAUUAUAAUUGUACACUACUACACCCUACCUGCGGAUGAACGGCACAGCACGCAUGCAUGCAGAAAAAAAGGAAACCGCGAGCGGGAAAAGCUUUACCACAUUCUAGAGGACUUUUGAGGAUGCGAACGAACGAGACGCUACUGGGUAUGUUAUGAAGAUUCGGAGAGCGCAGACUUUUACGAUCUAUGAAGCGCGUUGUAGUCACAAGACUAUGAUGGCUGCACUAUAGAAGUCCUGAAGCAAAAGUCAGAAAACUAACUUUUGUGUUUUUCUACACAAAAGCAACAUAAAACUAACAUUAAACAUGCCUUCACCAUACGGACAACAGUCGUAGCGGUUGAUAAUGAGGAGGAACUACGAUAUAUCCUAAUGCACUUGCAGAAUACACACACACGCAGUUAAAGCAUGAAAAUAAUUCAUUUUUCGCACCCAAAUUGAAUGGCGAAAAUCUUUAUUAUAACUCAAAUGGGAUAAUCUCAAAGAAGAAGCUAGCAGAGGAAGCGCCGGAAGCGCGCUACUACAUUUUAUCGGUAGAGUUGUAACUGCUAAACAAGCUAAUAAAACACGGUGCAGUUGAUGCAAGACAGCAGAUCGGAUGUACUUGAUGGAACAUGGCGCAAAAGUGAAACAUCAACAGCACCGAGCGACUGAUUUUACUUACCAAUGGCUAGGAAACAAUGAGCUAGAAAAAAGCGGUCAGUUUCGAUAGCGUCUAGGAAUCUUCUACGCUAUUUUAUCACGCAGCUCUGCGCAUGAAAUGAUAGUUCGUAAGUCGUCCUUUCAUGGUCGAAAUUUCCACAUAGCUGUUAAACUGAGCAAAACUCACAUAGUAGCCGCGGAAACGAGAACGUCGAACAAACUUCGGUAUAUAGCAGUGCAAUGAAAUGAUCGAUUCAUUUAGAAAAAGAGUAUGUUGAAAUAUUUCAUUGAAAUAUUUCAUUUCAAGCAAAAAAUCGGAACGAUAGAAUCAAAUCUAAUCAGAAUUAACAAGCAUCAUCAGUAGAACGUAACCAUCGAAUUGAUGGAAGCUGGGAUAACGUACGUGCACAUUUAAAGUUUAGCAUACAAAAAGCAAACACCUACCUACUAGCUCAAUCAAUGUUACAGAAAAAUGAUGCGCAUCCCGUUAACGUUGUUAUUGAUGUUGCCGAAUUAAAGUUGCUCGUCGUGGAAGCUUCCUCAGAGCGAUACCAAUUGACUCAUCGCUCACUGAAUGCUCCAAAUCCUAGUGUGCCCUCGUUCGGCCUCGGAAGCAACAACCAAAUUCAAACAAGGUAUCCUUCCUCAAUGCUGCUGUUGAUCCAUAUGCUUCUAAAUAGCAUAGGAGUCGAACAAGAGCGCCCUUUUAAUGCUUCCAUCUUUUCCUUUGUUUCUAUGGCUUAGAUAGCCGUACAGUUGUUACUCCAAUUACCAUGCGUGUUUGAAUGAGGGUGAGAUUUUUUACUCUCCAAUGGUAGAAACCCUCGUACAAAAACGGUUUCUUCUCCUGGUUAUCGUUCUAUUGCGAUAUCGCCUGCCUGGUUACGCGGGAAGAACUGCGUUCUCCUUAUCCGGAUCAAUCGAAUAGCGCCCGUUUGUAGGAACAUUCAUGGUCCAUCCAAUGUGAGCGUGUGUUGUUUCCCAUCUCUGACGUUGUGUAGCGGUAGAUUUCCUCAUCUGACAGUGGUUUGCAUAAAGUAGGAAAAACCCCUCUAACGUUUUAUAUAUUAUGUAAAGUAUUUGAAGGAAAAAAAACAAAUUAUAUAUAAACAUUAUCGUCGUUCGAUCGUAAAGGCUAAACGUAUAUAAACAACAAACUCACAAAAAGGGGGUCUCAAAGGUCCUCCAGCAGAUGGUAAACAAUCUCAUUACGGUACGGGCAGCAUGCAUGUGCUGUACUACAUUGGCACUUGGUGCAGGAAUGAUCUAAGGUCGCAAGUGAAAUCCCAAACCUUUGUUGGGAUAACGCAAGACAAAAGGUCAAUCAAACUUUGCGCAGAAAAGCAACACUUAUUCGUAAUGCGGCCGACGAUACGUGGAAACCAGCUUCGUAUCGGAUAGAAAUGAUUGGAAAGUAAACUAAAAAGUAAGUAAAACAAAACAAAGACGAAACGACGCCGACAAUGUGGCUGAUGGGAGAAAGCAGUGCAUGCAAAUUCUACUAAAAUCGCUAUAGCGUCAUUAAAAGAAUUUGCGCUGCUUUGCCAAAAGCAUAGGACAGAAUUUAGAUUCUGCAGAUUAAGAACUAAGAUUCAGAGCAAGAGAAAGGAAAGAAAACAAGAAUGCUGCAAAAAAGAAGGCUAAGUAAUAUUAUUUCUGUUUGCGGAGAAAAAUAUAGAAAAGAAAAAGAACAAAAAAUGAGAAAAGAACAAAACUAGAAAUUGCAAAACAAGUAUAUAUUGCUAGUUAUUUGUUACAGUAAACGAAGAACAAGGCAGAAGAUGAAGAGGACGAAAAAAAAAACAUUAGUACGGUCAAACGAUAAAUAGGAUAAAUGAACAAAAUGAAUCUUGGC